AUGGAAGUGUGUGUUGAUAGUUUUGAAUCAGCUUUAGCAGCUGUUCAAGGUGGUGCUCAACGUAUAGAAUUAUGUAGUUCAUUAGAACAAGGUGGUUUAACACCAUCACUUGGUUUAUUAAGAUUAAUUCGUCGUCGUUUAUCAUCAGAAUUAAUCAUAUUUAUAAUGAUACGUUGUCGUCCAGGAGAUUUUAUUUAUGAUGAUAAUGAUUUAAGUGUUAUGGAAGAAGAAAUUCGUUUAUUUAUAGAAUCAAAUCAACAAAUAAAUGGUUUUGUAUUAGGUGCACUUAAACCUGAUGGUACAAUUGAUAUUGAAAAUUUAAAACGUUUAAUUGAAUUAAUUCCAAAAGAUAUAUCAUUAACAUUUCAUCGUGCUUUUGAUUUUAUUUCUAAAUGGGAAUUAGGUAUUGAUCAAUUAAUACAACUUGGUUUUCAACGUAUUUUAACAAGUGGACAAGAAACAAAUGCAUAUUAUGGACGAAAAUGUAUACGUCAUAUGAUAAAUUAUUCACAAAAUCGUAUUAUUAUAUUACCUGGUUGUGGUAUCAAUGUAACUAAUCUUGAAUCAAUAUUACGUGAAACAGGAGCAAAAGAAUUUCAUGCAUCAGCACGUAUAUCAUAUUAUCAUAAUGAUUCCGUUGAAGGAAAUUUAUUGGAUGAAACAGUUGAACAAGAACAACGACUUUCAUCUCAAGAGGCAACAAAAAUUUUACGAACACAUGAAGCUAGUAUUGAUCUUGAAGUCAAAUGUCCAGUGAAAUAUUAUGAGGUUAAUUAUCUCGGUGCUAAUAAUCCUCCGGAGGAUCGUCAAGCUCAAGCUCGUAUCGGUUCCAAUGAUUCAUCCAUGUAUCUAUUCGGUGUAUUUGAUGGUCAUGGUGGUCAUUGGUGUUCUGAUACUAUUGAUCAACGUCUUUUCGAAUAUAUUGCAGUUUCUUUACGUCCACCUAAUGAUUUAGAAGAAAUAAUGCAAAAAGCAAAAACAAUGUCAAGUCAUGGUCAAGAUAAUAUAUCAUCAUUACUUUUACAUUCCUAUUAUGAUUCAUAUAAAGAUAUGAGAAAUUCCAAAAUAAAAGAAAUUCAUCAGACUAAAUUAUUAAAACAUAUUGAGGAAGUUUAUACAACAUUUGAUAGUGAUUAUACAGAUAUAAGUGGUGCUUUAGAAAAUGCAUUCAUUAAAUUAGAUCGUGAUAUAUGUGCUGAAGCAAUACCAACUGAUACACAAGAAACUAAUGAAGAUUUAUUACAAAUUUGUACAUCCGGUGCAUGUGCAUGUGUUGCAUUAAUCAAAGAUACAGAUCUGUAUGUUGCUAAUUGUGGUGAUGCACGAGCCAUUCUUGGUACUAUUGAUGAUAAUGGUAAUUCAUCUGUAAUUCCUCUUUCAAAUAUUCAUAAUACAAAUAAUCCACCUGAAGUCAAACGUGUUUUAUCUGAACAUCCAUCAAAUGAAUAUCAUUCAGUUAUUCGUUAUGAUCGUUUACUUGGUUUAUUAACACCAUUGCGUGCAUUUGGUGAUGUACGUUUUAAAUGGCCAAAAAAUUAUCUUCAAGAAUAUUUACAACCAUAUUAUAAAAAAAGUAAUGCUGUACCACAAUUUUAUUUAACACCACCAUAUUUAACUGCUCGACCAGAAAUAAUAAAACAUAAAUUAACAAAUAAAGAUAAAUUUCUUGUCUUAGCUACGGAUGGUGUUUGGGAUUUAUUAUCACCUGAAAAAGUUGUCGAACUUAUAUUUAAUCAUCAAAAAGGUAUACAAAGUUUUGAUCGUUUUAUUAUAAAUAAAAAUGAAAAUAAUAAAUCAUCAAUAAAAUUACAUCAAAUAAGUAAAUUAUUAUCUGCACGAAAACAAACAAUUAAAAAUCAGCCAAUUGAUCAAAAUUCUGCAACUAAUUUAAUUCGUCAUGCACUUGCUUAUACAUCUAAAGGUCAAUUUGAUAGUAAACUUUUAUCAGAUGUAUUAACAUUCCCUAAUCCACGCUCAAUACGUGAUGAUAUAACAAUAACAAUUGUUUAUUUUAAUCAAGAUUAUAUUGAUCAAAGAGACAAAUAA